GGUCCGGCUCCGUAGGAACUAUAAACGCCAGCUGACACAAUGACCACUAACGGCUUCGGGAUUGAGAGCUUAGCAACGCCAGGGGACGAAGCCAUAGGCUUGCUUUCCUCUCCUUCGGAUAGCUUUUCCAUUUGGGUCUACGGCGAGGAGCACUGGAUAUCCGGCGUGGACUCAAGCACCACCUGCGCAGAUCUAAUCUGCGCGCUAAUCAGCUACCAAACUCCCCAGCAACAUGUGCUCAGCAAGGAAGAAGUACUCGACCCACAGCAGUUUGCCAUUGUCCAUAAGCAGCGUCAAUACGAGGAGUAUUUGGAUAGCAGUGCUAGGCUCUUGGAUGUUAUCACCAGCCUUCACGCUAUGCCGAAAGAGGAAUACCAACUCCAGCUUCGUCAUUUGGCCACUUCAAAUCGAAAGCAAGUCCCGACGACCGAUAAGGACAGUGGAAUGGGCAGUCCAGUAGACAGUUCACGAAGCAUGCGUUUCCGGCGGAGGGGCAAGCACAAGGUGUUGCCCUCCACUAAGACCCCGGACAAUACCAACACUAAGCAGUCGAAGAGAAGCCGGAAGCUGCCGCAGAAGAACGACCACUUAACUCCGAACGAGAGUCUGCUUACCAUUAUCCUGGCCCAAGAUGAAACCAUACUCCAGCAAAUGACCAUGUUGCACGAAAAGGACCGACAGAUCCUUAAAAUCGAGGAGGAGAAGCACCGGGUGCGGGAGCGAGAGCUGGGUAAAAACUACCUCCUUGAGACAUACUUAAAGGACUUGGAUGAGCCCCAAGAAAAAGGCCAGGAGUUAAAAGAGAAGGCACAGGUGACACAGGAAGAUAGGAACUUUAAGGCAAUGUCAGGCAUGGAUAAGGAUAGGCCUCUAGAUAGGGCCUUCCGAUCGGCGUUAAAUAGUGACACUGGCCAGGACGAGAUCCGACUUUACUGGCUAGAAAAGAUUCACGCGGUAAACAAAGAACUGCAAUGUGAAGAGGAACUUCUGCUCAGCCUGCACUCCAAGGUACGUAGACACCAGGUGAAGCUGGCGUACCAAACGAAGAGCGAGGUGCUACUACAAAUCGAAAGACUCGAUACAGAAUUGGCUGCUCAGGUGGCGGAUAUCCACCAUGUGGAACGAAAACUUUUCACGGCCAAUGAACAGCUUAAAGCCAAACUGGCUGUGCUUGAAUGUUUGAGUCGUGAAUUUGAGACUACGGUAUCUGGUGACGUCCAAGAAGGUGCUGUUGCCGUUGGAAGCAAGGCAGUUGGAAAGGUUCAGCUAAGCCAAUCUUCCUCGUCACAUUUAGAUGAUCUCCAACCCCCUGGGAACUGGCUGCAUGUUGUUAAGAAACUCUUUGUGGCAGAUCAUCUCAACCAGAGAUUAACGCAUAAUGCACUAAGUGACAGGAACUUAUCGGAUCGAAUAAUACCAGACAAAGGAAUAUCCAAGCAAAUGUUUGAAGAUCUAAGAUCCCCAGAUCCUUCUACCUCAACCAGCGUCCAAAAAAAAGAAUUUGGUUCUAGGCAAGCCACUUCGCUAGCUUCAGAAAGGGACAUUCAACACCUCGGCACCCUUGUUUAAAGCAAAAAACAAGCGGCUGACUUCAUGCAAGUAUCUCAUGUAACGUAUUUUGAACAUCCGUACCAAAUUUGUGUCAACUAACCAAAUAGAGAUUAAAAAUUUGUUAUGU